UUUAUAAAGAGCAGACUUUCCAUUUCACUCCUCACUGAGCCUCACUGGCUUUGGGAGCUAAAGACUUCCUGAGCACUUUCAGGUGGGACGGAAAGAAGAGUUUUGGAACCAUUAUUUUCUCAUCACAGGAGCAACUUAAAAUGCCUAGGAAGACGGUCAUGAUCUUUGGAGCCUUAAAUAUACUUUGGAUGGUGUUUGCAGCCUCUCAAGCUUUUAAAAUUGAGAUCUUCCCUGAAUCCAAAAUUCUUGCUCAGAUUGGUGACUCCAUUUCACUGACUUGCAGCACGACGGGCUGCGACUCUCCAUCUUUCUCUUGGAGGACCCAGAUAGACAGUCCACUGAAUGGGAAGGUGAUAAACGAGGGGACCAAAUCCACACUGACUCUGGAGCCUGUUGGUUUCGCGCAUGAACACUCUUACUUGUGCACGGCGACUUGUGGACAUGACAAACAGGAAAGAGGAAUCCAGGUGGAUCUCUACUCUUUCCCUGAGGACCCAGAGAUCAGUUUCAGUGGUCUUCUGGAGGUUGGGAAGCCAGUCACGGUCACAUGUUUGGUCCGAGAUGUUUACCCAUUUGACAGGCUGGAGAUGCAUUUACUCAAGGGUGACCAUCUCAUGAAGAAUCAGGAAUUUGUAGAGGAUAUGGAUGUCAAGGCCUUGGAAACCAAGAGUUUGGAAGUAACCUUUACUCCUACCAAUGAGGAUAUUGGAAAAACUCUUGUUUGUGGAGCUAAAUUACACAUUGAUGAAAUUGAUUUUAAGCUCAAAGAAAAGGAGACUACAAAAACAUUACAAGUCUACAUCUCACCCAGGAACACAGUUAUCUCUGUGAAUCCCUCCAAAAGGCUGCAGGAAGGUGGCUCCGUGACAAUGACAUGUUCCAGUGAAGGUCUACCAGCUCCACAGAUUCUCUGGAGCAAGAAAUUAGAUAAUGGGAAUCUACAGCUUCUUUCUGAGAAUGCAACUCUCACUUUAAUUGCUAUGAGGAUGGAAGAUUCUGGAAUUUAUGUGUGUGAAGGAGUUAAUCUGGCUGGAAGAGACAGAACACAGGUGGAAUUAAUUGUUCAGGAGAAACUGUUUUCUGUUGAGCUCUCCCCUGGACCCCAGAUUGCUACUCAGAUUGGUGACUCAGUCACGUUGACAUGUCAUGUCAUGGGCUGCGAGUCCCCAUCUAUCUCUUGGAGAACCCAGAUAGACAGCCCUCUGAGUGGGAAGGUGAGGACUGAGGGUACCAAGUCCACACUGACCCUGAGCCCUGUGAGUUUUGAGAAUGAACAUUCUUACCUGUGCGUCGUGACCUGUGGGCGUAAGAAAGUGGAAAAGGAAAUUAAGGUGGACCUCUACUCAUUCCCUAGUGAUCCAAAAAUUGAGAUGAGUGGUCUGCUAGUGGAGGGAAACCCAGUCAAUGUAAGCUGCAAAGUUCCUGAUGUGUAUCCAUUUGACCGGCUGGAGAUUGAAUUACUCAAGGGGGAGAGUAUUAUGAAGAAAAAAAACUUUUUGGAGGACGUGGAUAAUAAAUCCCUAGAGACCAAGAAUCUGGAAAUGACCUUCAUCCCCACCACUGAAGAUACUGGAAAAGUUCUUGUUUGUCAGGCUAAGUUACAUAUUGAUGAAAUGGAAUUUGAACCCAAACAAAGGCAGAGUACACAGACACUUUAUGUUAACAUUGCCCCUAGAGAUACAACCAUCUCGGUCAGCCCCUCCUCCAUCCUCGAGGAAGGUAGUUCUGUGAAUAUGACAUGCUCUAGCGAUGGCCUUCCAGCUCCGAAAAUCCUGUGGAGAAGGCAGCUGAAUAAUGGGGAGCUACAGUUUCUUUCUGAGAAUACAACUCUCACCUUAAUUUCUACAAAAAUUGAAGAUUCUGGUAUUUAUGUGUGUGAAGGGAUUAACCAGGCUGGAAAAAGCAGAAAAGAAGUGGAAUUAACUAUUCAAGUUGCUCCAAAAGACAUACAACUUAGAGCUAUUCCUUCUGAGAGUGUCAAGGAAGGAGACACUGUUAUUAUCUCCUGUACAUGUGGAAAUGUUCCCCAAACUUGGAUAAUCCUGAAGAAAAAAGCAGAGACAGGAGACACAGUACUAAAGUCCACAGGUGGUGAAUAUACCAUCCACAAGGCCCAGUUAGAGGAUGCGGGAGUAUACGAGUGUGAAUCUAAAAACCAAGUUGGCUUGCAAUUAAGAAGUCUAACACUUGAUGUUAAAGGAAGAGAGAAUAACAAGGACUAUUUUUCCCCUGAACUUCUCGUGCUGUAUUGUGCAUCCUCCUUAAUAAUACCUGCCAUUGGAAUGAUCAUUUACUUUGCAAGAAGAGCCAACAUGAAAGGGUCAUACAGUCUUGUAGAAGCACAGAAGUCAAAAGUGUAGCUAAUGUUUGAAACCUUCAACCAGAGACACUAUUUAUCAGUCCAAAUCCUUAAUAUUGCUCAUCAUUGCAUGAGGAAAACAAGCUGAGAGUCCAGAUUUCCCUAAAUGCAGUGAACUCUUGGAAGGCAAUGGCUGCCCACCUCCCUUGCUGUGAGCAAGAAGCCAAAGGAAAACUUUCUGCCUAAAAACUAGGCACUGCCAUUGAGAUGUGAUGGCUGGAGUAGUUCCUUGAUGUGUAUAUACAAUAACAUGAUCUGUACAUAUGUAAAAUAAAACUGAGCCAUAGCAACAUUGCAUGGAACAGCAGCACUAUAUAGUCAGAUCUCGAAAAUAAUUAAACCGUGUUGUUUGGACCGAUUGUUGUAACUUAAUAUAUCUUAGGAAAAUUUAACAUUAAUAUUGACUGGCAGCUGACCUAUGUCACAUUUUUUAUAUUUUAUUUCUUUUAACAAAAUUUAAUUCCUAUAAAGUUCUCUGACAAUAAUUUCAUGUUUUGUAAGGAUGCCAGGGUUUUAUACUUUUAUAGGCAAAUGAUAAACCAAGAGGGCACGGCUUGACUUUCAGGUACUGAACACUUCAACCCGUGGUGUAAUGGUUGGCUGGAUUUCUCUGGAUGGUACUGACAUGGUACGGAGACCUGCUACGAUGUUGAUUCAUCAGACUGUUGUGUAACUUUCCCAAUGUGGCCUAAAAAUGCGACUCCUUUUAAUUUUCUUUUGUAAAUGUUUAGUCUUUUGUACAGUAAAGUGAUAGUUUCUGGAA